CACUAAUAUAUUUCUCUUUUUUCUAGGUUGCCUGGAAGCUAAACCGCAGCACUCCCAACAUCCUUAAUGUCUAAAGGACCAAAUGUAAAAAAGGCAACUGUAACUAUACGCCUGUUGGCAGAGGAAUUAUUUAAGUAUUACACGUAUAGCGGGUCUAACUUGGAAUGAAUGGAAUGCCCGUUUGGCUAUGCCUUUAGUAACACAACUACGUGAAGGUGUACAUCCCUUAGUAUUUCCAACCGAUCUGACAAUGGAAAAGGGUGGUGUUGGCAAUGGUGUGGGCGGUUCUAAGGAUAUAUGUAAAAUUGAACGUAAAUCACCGAUAAAACGACCUUCCCUUUUGGCUUCACCCACACCCUCUAAUAAUGAUUUAAGCGAACAGGGGGCCACAAGUACCCCAUUGAAUUGUUCGUCGGCCAGUGAUAAGGAUAAAACACAAACGACUUGCGGUGGAGGCGGUGAAAAAAUUAAACAUUUCACCGAAGAAGAGGCUACGGUGUUAAUGUUAAAAGCAGCCGCCGAGAAAUCAGCUCAGGCGGCCAAUAAUAGUGGUAAUCUCAGUGAUAACAGUUAUACCGAUGACAAUACUACUGGUAAUCUAAGUGGUGGUAAUGGCCCCGGUUCAGGGGCUGAUUAUCACUCGGCCUUUGCCGAUGUUAGUGGAGCCACGGGUAUAAGUCUUAAUAUUUUGAAUAGUAUCAAUGCCAUGAGCAAUCUAAUAAGUGGUGGUGCCGGCGGCAAUGGUGGCCUUAGUUUAGCCAGUGCUGCGGCCUUGGGUGUGGGUGGCUCUGGCAAUGGUGCUGGUCAUCCUUGUCCAGAGUGUGGUCGUGUUUAUAAGCUGAAAUCAUCAUUGCGCAAUCAUCAAAAAUGGGAAUGUGGCAAAGAGCCACAAUUCCAAUGUCCCUUCUGUGUGUAUAGAGCUAAACAGAAAAUGCACAUUGGCCGUCAUAUGGAACGUAUGCACAAGGAAAAGUUUUUCAAAAUUGAAGAUUUAAAAAGUUUCACCACUGCCACUGUAGGUGCUCAAAUAGCUGGUUCUAGUGUAGGUGGCGGUGGUGGUGGUGCGGGUGCGGGUGGUGGUGAUGAGUCAUCAUCUACAGCUGUAGCUGAAUUGCGUCAACAUUUCUCGUAAGAAUUAUAUAGUUUUACCAUUUCCUUAAGCAAAUGGUAAAAAAGGCAAGAUUUAUAUAUUAAUAUUUUUUUUUAUACAAUUUUAUUUUAAUUUUUUUUUUAAUUAAUUUAAAUUAGUUUUACCAUAUUAAGCUUAGCAAGAGAGAGAUUUUUUUUAUAUCAGGGAAUAUAUAAAUAAUUUAUUUAAACGAAAAAGAAAAAAAAAACGUAUUAACAACAAAAGUUUAACAGAAGAAAUUCUGAAAUUCUAAACUAAAUGCAACCGUUAAAGGAAUAUGUAUAUGGUGGGAAAGCUUUUAUACAUAUUAUUGUAAAUACACUACCAUUUUUUUUGUAUAAACAAAUAAAAAACAACAAUCAGGGUUCAUUAAAACAAACAAAAAAAAUUCUAAUCACAUUAGUAGCUGUUAUAGAAAAAAAAAACGAUAGAAAUAUGUGAAAUAUGGAAACAAGUGUGCCAAAUUUUUUUAAUUAUUUUUUUUAAAUAAUAAUUGUUAAACCAUAAUUUAUUUUUUAUAUAUUUUUUUUUUACUUUAAAACAAAGUAAAAUUGCCCUUAAAAAAAAGACAAAAAAAAACUCAACGAUUCCCUAAUGCCAUUUAUAAUUCCAGCAAAUUGUUAAAUUUUACACUUUUUUUUAAAUAUAAAAUAAAUAUUAUAAUAAUUUUGGCAUUCCUCCUUAAAACUUAAAAGACAACUUUGCAAAAUGAUAUUCCAUUUUAUUUUAAUUAUAGCAAAUAAGUUACAACAAUUCCCUGCCCUAAGCUAAACAUACGAAAGCCGGUUUUUCGAUUUAUGUUCUAACAAAUUCGAAUUUCUAUUAUUAUUAAAGGCUCGAGUUCGAGUCCCACAAAAAAAAUUUUUUGCUCAAACAUUUCACCACAGCCUUUAUUUAAACUCCAUAGUUGUUUUUUUUUUAACAAAUUCCACCCCCUCAAAAUAUUGCAACAUUAUAAUUCUCAGCGGAUAUUUUUUGAAAAACUUUAAAAGCUUUUGCUAUAUCAAAAAAAAAAAAAAAAAAAACUUUUUUUUUUUCAUAAAUAUAAAGGCAAUAUUAUAGGUUUAGGUUUAAUUAAUAUUAUUAUCAUGGCUUAAUUAAUUUUAAAUUAUUAUUAUUAUAAUGUUAAACUACAGUUUACGAAAAAAAAAAUCCUCAUAAAUGCAACGAAUUCAAAUUAAGAGAAAAUAUUGAUAACCAAUCGAGUCAUUAAUUGAAAGUUAGUUAAAAACAAAAUAUGUUAAAAAGAAAACAAAAUAUAAUCAACAAUAAGGUUAAACUAUAAAGCUAGAGAAAUGAAGAAUUCCAAAAUUAAAGUCUGGGCUAAAGAUCAGUCUAGGCUAGAUAUCAAUCUAUUAACUUGAUUAUAGAUCAGUCUAUUGUCUGAGCUAUAGGUCAAUCUAUAGUCUUGACAAUAGAUCAGUAUAUGGUCUUGACUAUAGAUCAGUCUAUAGUCUUGACUAUAGAUCAGUCUAUUAUCUUGACUAUGGAUCAGUCUAUUGAGCUAUAGAUCAGUCUAUUGUGUUGACUAUAGAUCAGUCUAAAGACUUGACUAUUGAUCAGUCUAUAAUCUUGACUAUAGAUCAGUCUAUAGUCUUGACUAUAGAUCAGUCUACAGUCUUGACUAUAGAUCAGUCUGUAGUCUUGACUAUAGAUCAGUCUAUAGUCUUGACUAUAGAUCAGUCUGUAGUCUUGACUAUAGAUCAGUCUAUUGUUUGAGCUAAGAUCAGCAUAUAGUGUUGACUAUGGAUCAGUCUAUAAACUUGACUUUAGAUCAGUCUAUAGUCUUGACUAUAGAUCAGUCUAUAUUCUUGACUAUAGAUCAGUCUAUAGUCUUAACUAUAGAUCAGUCUUCAGUCUUAACUAUAGAUCAGUCUAUAGUCUUGACUAUAGAUCAGUUUAUAGUCUUGACUAUAGAUCAAACUACAGUAUUAACUAUAGAUCAGUCUAUAGUCUUGACUAUAGAUCAGUCUAUAGUGUUGACUACAGAUCAGUCUAUAGUCUUGACUUUAGAUCAGUCUAUAGUAUUAACUAUAGAUCAGUCUAUUGUCUUAACUAUAGAUCAGUCUAUAGUCUUGACUAUAGAUCAGUCGAUAAUCUAGACUAUAGAUCAGUCUACAGUCUUGAUUAUAGAUCACUCUAUAGUCUUUACUAUAGAUCUGUCUAUAGUAUUGACUAUAAAUCAGUCUAUAGUCUUGACUAUAGAUCAGUCUAUAUUCUUAACUAUAGAUCAGUCUAUAGUCUUGACUAUGAAACAGUUUAUAGUCGGGGCUAUUGAUCUGUAGACAGUCUAAAGUCUGGGUUACAGAUCAAUCCAGAGUCUAUACUACGGAUCAGUCUAGAGUCUAGACUAAAGAUCAGUCUAUAGUCUUGGCUGUAGAUCAGUAUAUAAUCUUGACUAUAGAUCAGUCUAUUGUUCGAACUAUAGAUCGGUCUAUAGUUUAAAAUGUAGAUCAAUCUAUUGUCUUGGCUAAAGAUCAGUCUAUAGUUUUGACUAUAGAUCAGCCUUUAGUCUUGACUAUAGAUCAGUCUGUAUUCUUGACUAUAGAUCUGUCUAUAGUCUUUAUUACAGAUCAGUCUAUAGUCUAGACUAUAGAAUAGUCUAUAAUCUCGACUAUAGAUCAGUCUAUAGUUUGACUAUAGAGCAGUCUAUAGUAUUGCCUAUAGAUCAGUCUAUAGUCUAGGCUAUAGAAUAGUCUAUAUUCUUGACUAUAGAUCAGCCUAUUGUCUUUACUAAUGAUCACUUGAUAAGACUAUAGAUCAGUCUAUUGUCUUGACUAUAGAUCAGUCAAUAGUCUUGACUAUAGAUCAGUCAAAAGUCUUGACUAUAGAUCAGUCAUUAGUCUUGACUAUAGAUCAGCCAAUAGUCUUGUCUAUUGACCAGCCCUUAGUCUAGACCAUAUAUCAGUCCAGAGUCUUGAUCAGUUAAUAAUCUGUACGAUAUCAUUAAAAUUCAACUUCUUCAAUACUCUCUUUGCUCUUUUUAAAGUGACAUACCACAACAACAACAACAAAAAAUCAACAUAAAAUACCUCAAAUUAAUAAGAAAUCUAAAAAUUAUGCUCAAAUAAAAAAAAUAAAAUUUUCAAAAAAAAAGAAAAAUAUCUAUAAUUAAGCUUUAAAGCAUUCCAAUUUAUUACUUUAACAUUUAAGCAAAAUUUCUUUAAAGUGCCUUUAGACAAAAAUAAAAUUAGUUUUUAAGAAAAACUUAAAAAAAAACGACAUUAACUUUAAAAAAGUCUCAAAAUUAAUCUAAAACAAAGUUUCGAAAAAAGCAAUAAUUCUAAAAAGAAAGAAAUUAACUCUACAAGAAAAAAAAGAAAACUUGAAAAGUUUUUACAACAAUUUUACAAUAUUUGACUUCAAAAGUUUCUAUACACAAGCAAACACUUUUAAAGUUGUAAAGAUACAAAAGAAAAAGACGAUAAUUCCAUUAUAUAAUUCCAAAUUGUUUUUUGAAAUAUUUUUUUACUCUUAUUCAGGUUUAAAUUUUAAAUUUAAAUUAAAAAAAAAAUUAUUGUUAAUUUCUCUGUUUACUUUUUCAAAAUUCUUUUUUUAUAUAAAAAACCAAGUCAAAGGCAAAUAAUUUUACAAAAACGGCUAAGCCGUUAAUUAUGCUCUUCUUUUAAUACAAAAUUUUUAGAAAUUUCUUAAGUUCACCUUAACAAAAUUUUAUAUAUUUAAUAGUUUAUCCAAACCUGUCUUCCCUUUUUUUAUUAUUAAAUAAUUUCCAUUAAUGUUUUCAUAUUUCCCACGAUUUUCCUUAUAAAGUUUUGAAGAGUAUAAUUUUUGUUUUAUAUUUUUUGACUUGGCAAAA